CUAAACUGGCCAAGAUGUAGGACUCUUGGAGGCUUUGGCUCCGCUGUUCCGAAGGCCUCCGGUGACAGUGACAUAUAUACUUUCUAUCUAAUAUAUUAAGUAUGUAUUAUAGAAUAUAGCUCAAGUUUCGAUCCUCCUAUACAAUGUUCUAUCAAACGGAACGCUUAGGGCUAUCUCUAUAAUCAAGGAAUUCUCGAUCACAAAUAAUUAGAGCAGUUACCAUCUUUAGGCUGACAUUGACCUUUUCCAGCUUGUUAUCAUUGAAUGUGCGGAGUCAAUAAAACGCUGCAACUAUGAAGUGUUCGCCCAGUCAAUUUCCAUCAUAUCGCCGCCUUCUGUCUCGUUCCAGUUGCCUGCCUUGACAUGUUCGCCGUCUGAAGGCGUCGACAACGUACCACGGGACACACCAGUAAAUGGGGAUACCUGCGCUUUUUGCCUGGCCCUAGCCCGUUCCCUAGUCUCAACCAGUGCUCUUCUAACAUUGCUAUUUUUGCUCGGCUCCAGCAGGGACACGGGCUCUCGAUAGAGGACCAGCUCGUUGCAACUAUUCUUGCUAUCCGCGAGCAUCAGCCUGGGUACGGUUGCCCAUGUCUCCUCAAUCCCGGGUAGAAAAACGACCGAAUUACCCGGCAAAUCCACCUCUGCAAGUUCUCGAUCGAGGUCCUGGACGUAGAUCUUGUCCUUUUGAUCAUCCAGCAGCAUCACGUCAGGUGACCCCGGCGUUUCCUGACUUGUGCUCGGCGUCAAUGUAUGAUCAUGAUGGUGGUGGUGGUGGUGGUUAUAAAGUGCUACAGGAUCUGAAAAGGGUAACAACGUUAGGGUACAGGCCACUGCAGCUAGAUGUAGAUGUCGAGAGAUAUUUUACCUAUGUAAAGGUCGUUGAACCUUUUUGCCAGAGGCCGAUCUCCGUCAGGGUCACUCUCGGCGGGGCGCUUUCUGCCGUGAAGAAUUCCCGUACCAUCAUGCUGCGCCGCCAUCUACCACAAUCAGCUGGACCGACCAAUGGGCAAAAAUAUCCAGCAAGCCUUGCACAUGAAUAACUAGACUUAAAUAUCGGGUCCCAAGAACAGAAUACAAUUGCAUGCAAUUGAAGGCAUUGCCGAGGGGGGUUGCUUGAUGCGAGCCCCUAGAAUACUGAGAAAUGGGGAACUGGGUUUGACUCAUCUGCUGUCGCCCUUUAGGUCAAACCCCAGAACAUUCUACCAUCUUCACACUCCCCCACUUCCAGCCAUUUUGCCCGCCAAAAAACGCCCACCCUUCGCCAAAAUGAGCUCCCAAAUCCCGGGAGAGCCAGAAUGGACUGCGCGGAGCGUACGGGAUGCGUUUAUCAAAUAUUUCAAGGAUAAUGGCCACACCUUUGUUGCCUCGUCGCCAGUUGUUCCGCUGUCCGAUCCCACCUUGCUAUUUACCAAUGCAGGAAUGAACCAAUUCAAAUCAAUCUUUCUAGGCACCGUGGACCCAAACUCGGACUUUGCGACCUUGAAGAGUGCGGUCAAUUCUCAAAAGUGUAUCCGGGCUGGCGGAAAGCAUAACGACUUAGACGAUGUUGGGAAAGAUAGUUAUCACCAUACCUUCUUUGAAAUGCUCGGCAACUGGAGUUUUGGUGAUUAUUUCAAACAAGAAGCUAUCCGGUAUUCCUGGGAGCUUCUGACUAAAGUCUACGGCCUGGAUCCUGAACGUCUUUAUGUGACCUAUUUCGAAGGGUGCAAGGAUGGCGGACUUGAACCAGACUUGGAAGCCAAGGCUCUCUGGAGAUCUGUCGGCGUCCCUGAAGAUCAUAUUCUUCCUGGAAACAUGAAGGAUAACUUUUGGGAAAUGGGCGACCAAGGCCCCUGCGGACCCUGCAGUGAAAUACACUUUGACAGGAUUGGUGGUCGUAACGCCGCCCACCUUGUUAACCAGGACGAUCCCAACGUCAUUGAAAUUUGGAACAAUGUCUUCAUCCAGUACAACCGCGAAAGUGAUCGCUCUUUGAAGCCCCUGCCAAACAAGCACAUUGAUACUGGAAUGGGAUAUGAAAGGCUUGUCUCGAUUUUGCAAAACAAAUCAUCAAACUACGACACCGAUGUGUUUACUCCCCUGUUCCAGGUCAUCAAGGACAUAACGGGAGCCCCGGAAUACCAAGGGCGGUUUGGUGCCGAAGAUUCCGAUGGAAUCGAUACGGCAUAUCGCGUUGUGGCGGACCAUGUCCGUACCUUGACGUUCGCUAUAUCCGAUGGCGUAACUCCAAACAACGAAGGUCGUGGUUACGUCAUUCGCCGAGUUCUUCGCAGGGGAGCCCGUUUUGCUCGAAAGUAUUUCGGAGUUGAGAUUGGUAACUUUUUUUCCAAAAUUGUCCCCACUGUCGUUAAUCAGCUUGGUGAUAUGUUUCCGGAGUUGAGAACAAAGCAGCACGAUGUCAUGGAAAUCCUUGACGAGGAGGAGAUAUCCUUCUCUAAAACAUUGGAUCGUGGUGAACGACAAUUUGAGAAUUAUGCCAAUCAAGCCAAGGCCAAAGGGGUUCCCAAACUCCACGGCGCUGAUGUUUGGAGGCUGUAUGACACUUUUGGAUUCCCGGUUGACUUGACUCGCCUCAUGGCAGAAGAGCGUGGAUUGGAGAUUGAUGAUGGCGAAUUCGAGGAGGCUCGCUCAAGAGCUAAAGAGGCCAGUAAAGGCCAGAAGAAGACCGCCGCAGAUGCCGUUAAGCUUGAUGUCCACGAUCUUGGAGAGCUGGAAAAAAUGCACAAUGUUCCCAAGACCAACGAUGCCGCGAAGUUCGAUAAGGGCAAUAUCAAUGCCCAGAUCAAGGCAAUUUACUACGCCAAAUCGUUCCAUUCAUCCACUGAGAAUGUUCCCCACGGGGACCAACUUGGGGUUAUCCUUGACCGCACAAAUUUCUAUGCUGAACAAGGUGGCCAGGAAAACGACACCGGCAGAAUCGUCAUUGAUGGACAAGCUGAAUUAGAGGUUGGUGAUGUUCAGCUUUAUGGAGGAUAUGUUCUUCAUACUGGCUUUAUCAAAUAUGGUUCUUUCGCUGUUGGCGAUUCCGUUCUUUGUGAGUAUGAUGAGCUUCGCCGGUGGCCAAUCAGAAACAAUCACACCGGAACGCACAUUUUGAACUUUGCACUAAAGGAAGUCCUCGGUGAUGGCAUCGAACAGAGAGGUUCUCUUGUUGCUGCCGAAAAACUUCGUUUUGACUUCUCCCAUAAGUCUGCUGUUACAGAAAAAGAGCUGGAAAAGAUUGAGGAACUUUCUACAGAAUACAUCAGGCAAAACUGUGCUGUUUACUCGCAAGAAAUUCCUCUUGCCACCGCACGCCAAAUCUCGGGAGUCAGGGCUGUUUUUGGAGAAACCUACCCUGAUCCAGUUCGUGUUGUUUCAGUUGGUGUUGAAUUGGACGAGAUACUGAAGCAAGUGAACGACCCUCGCUGGGAAAAGGUCAGCAUUGAGUUUUGUGGCGGCACACAUGUGCUCAAAACCGGGGAUAUAAAGGACCUUAUCAUUUUGGAGGAAAGUGGCAUCGCGAAAGGAAUCCGCAGGAUCAUCGCAGUGACGGGUGAAGAUGCCCAUCAUGUCCAGCGUGUUGCCAGCGAUUUCGAACAGCGUCUAGACCACCUGCAAUCGAUGCCUCUAAGCCCAGCGAAAGAGCAGGAGGCUAAGCAGAUCCAAGUGGAUCUAAAUCAGCUACUUAUUUCUGCGGUGCAGAAGACGAAAUUCCGGGAGCGGUUUACGAGUAUUAAUAAGCAGAUUAUUGAUGCACAGAAGGCACAACAGAAGUUGGAGUCAAAGAAGGCCGUUGAUACGAUUACCGCCUUUUUCCAAGCCCCAGAGAACCAAGAUAAAUCAUGGCUUGUCACCAGACUUCCCAUUUCUGCCAAUGCCAAGGCUGUCAGUGAAUCUUUGAGCCAUGUCAAGUCGAAAUUGAAGGACAAGGCAGUGUAUGUGUUGGCCGCGGAUGGUGAUCAGGGUCGUGUCGCUCAUGGCUGCUAUGUCUCAAAGCCAAUGGAUGAUCAAGGUGCUUCUGCCAGUGAGUGGGCCAGUAUCGUUGCCGGUGUGGUAGGUGGUAAAGCCGGAGGAAAAGGCUCUACUUCAAUCGGAAAUGGUCUUCACCCCGACAAGGUUGACGAGGCCAUAAACCUGGCGUCCGACUACCUCCAGAAGUUUAAGCUGUAGGCUUAGGGCUCCUGUCCGCACCAAAGCGAAAGGCAAUCCGAGAUCCUGAUGUUGUGCCAGAUGGGACAGAAUUUGUACUUGCUUUUCCUUUCUAAAUAGCUGCCAAGACAAGACAAGAUGGAUAUCUGCAAAUCACAUUUCCCCACAUUGUGAAAUAACCACAUCCUGAUUUGGUUUAUCUCUUAUUGUGCGUGUAUGUUCUAUCAUUCGCACAAUGUCCAUUCCGUCAAUGACUUGCCCAAAAACCACAUGCUUGUUAUUCAAGAAAGGAGUAGCCGUUGUCGUUAUAAAAAAUUGACAGCCGUUAGUAUCAGGGCCUGAGUUCUAAGUUUUUUUUUAUCUCUUUUAGCAGAGGACUUGGGGGAUUAUAUCUUUGGUCAGCGACUUACUGCCAUGCUCAGUAACCCGGGACGGUCAUGCUUCAGGACAAAGUUCUCAUCAGGAAACCGGGGCGUGUUGUAGAUAGAACAGCAUCCUGUGCCAUCGCCAUUAAUAAAGUCACCACCCUGUAUCAUGAAGUCUUUGAUCUUUUGAACGCUGGGUCAGCUUCCUGAGCAACAAUUAGGCCAAGAGUUGAGGGUUCUCUCCAAGCUUACAACUCGGUGGAAUUUGCUGUUUUUGUAGCCCUGCGGCCUUCCAUGAGAGUUUUUGCUUUCACCCGUGCAAAAUUGGCGAAAGUUUUCCGCCGUCCGAGGGGUGGUAUCGGCGAAUAAUUCUAUCCUAAUGCGACCAAGAGGUUCCCCUAGUGAAGUGUUAUUUAUCUUGGGUAGAUGGCAACGGUGUUGUGGUAAAGCUUACCACCCAGCGUGAUGUCGAAAAAAACGACAGGAUUGGGGUUCCGCGGCUGACUGAGGGGCAAUUGCUCCAUGAUUUCCGUUAGGACAUCGAGAUAUACCUAGUUCGAAAUACCGAUCGAUUGCUUGCAUGGAGCCGUUGAAGCUUCGCAGUUCGCAGAGAGGCCCGGCGAGGGGAGCUGUUGGCCCCACUAUGAACGACGGGCGGCGCAAAGUCUAAUGCAAUGCUUUUACUUCUUUACAUACGAAGGGAAAUCAGUACCUAGCUAGAUUGAACAGCUGCUUUCUACUUACCCUCCUGACGGCAAAACUUUUCUCAGAUGGCGUUACACGAUCUCUUUCACCCCAAACGGACAUCAACAGGCUCUUACAGCUGCCCUCGUCCUUUCCGUAUGCAGGAAACAGAUAACUUAAGAAUUACUAUUGUCUAACUUCCAGCCAUCGACUAUUACCAUCGCAGAAAGCUGCCCUUUAACUGUAUGUACAUCGCGUCACCUACUGAUUACCGCGGAGUAUUGAUCUCAACCAUGGCAGCAUGCUAGGAGCCACCUAGGGCUUUCUGAUUGAAAAGGUUUAGGUCUUUGAGCUGCACUGUAACUCGACUCCAGCUUCCCGACGCCGGAUUGUACUCGCCCUGUACUUCAACCCUGCAAAAUCCCUUUGGACCCUGAAGACCAACCGGCCCAGAAAAGUAAAAGAUCCCACGAGGAGGCGUGUACCGUUCUCGAGCUAAGCAAUCUCGUAACCGCAAUUGGAAAGCCACCCUCGCAGCGAAUAGAUCCGAGCCGGGCUCAAACUUUGGCAGUGGCAGCAUCUGUAAUGCGGCGAUAAGGAAAGAAGAGUGCAGACGAGACUCCGUAUUGUCUUGCGGUGUUCCUUCACGAGGAACUUUCGAUGUAGGUGAGCCCCGAGCCUGAGUUGUACGAUCCAGUGCCUCCAAAGAGUUAACAUCACGCGGGAAUUCUUGCUUUUGAGAUGGAGCAACCGUUGCUUUUUGCUGUUGUUCCUGACCUAAGCGUGUCAUGCCAAGCCGAGUGGCCUGCCUCUUCAACAAAACCAUAAAAGCAUCUUUGAUAGCAAUUGCCACGUAAAUUGGCCGGGCACAUCUAACUAUCCGGUCCCCGUGCUCUUCAGACAAAGGUUUCGAGGUCCAGGAGACACCGUAGUCGGUUAUUUCAACCC